AUGUAUUUCUCCGUCCUCUCCACCCUUACCACUCUUUCUCUCCUCUCCCUCACUUCCGCUCGCUCACUUCCCCGCGCCCCAAACUCAAAGAUUUCUGUUCGUAGUGUCGUUCCUUCUAGACCUAGAAGUAUUCCAGUCGUCACAGACAAUGUCUUGGAACUUACCAAGAAAUCUACCGGAGGCUCCGAAGUCAGAAGCGCAGCUAAAUUCUUGAAGAAUUUGGAUAUCGUUAAUGGAAGUUCAACUGCUCUUAUCAGUUUGUUUGAAGGACAAGAAUUUACUACGGAUAUCACAUUUGGAACGCAGACUUUUGAGGUUAUUGUCGAUACCGGAUCUAGUGAUACUUGGUUAGCCGAGACUGGGUAUUCUUGUGUUGAUCUCGAUACCGGAAAGAGUGCCUCGGAAGCCACCUGUGCAUUUGGCCCUGCCUACACCAAAGAUUCGACCUUCAAAGCCAUCUCGGGCGAAGAAUUUUCCAUUAAAUAUGGCGAUGGAGAGUAUCUCACUGGUGUUCUUGGAUCGCAGCCCGUGACUUUCGCUGGUAUCAAUGUAACCACCACUGUCGCUUUAGUCACAUCUGCUGCAUGGAACGGUGACGGAACCACCAGUGGUUUGGUCGGUAUGGCUUAUCCCGCAAUCACAUCCGCCUACAAAGGUUCCACCAAAGUAGUCUACGACCCCAUCUUCACCACUAUGUACAAAGAAGGACUCGUCGACUCCCUCUUCAGUCUUGUCAUUGAGCGCGACGUCUCCGGCCCCGCCGGCUACCUCGCUCUCGGCGGUGUCCCCCCCGUCAACUUCGUGCAAGAUUUCGCAAGCACCCCUAUCCUUGUUACAUCCGCCACCGGAUACCCCAAAGCAUACGAUUUCUACACCAUCAAAAUCGAUGCCGCGUAUCUAAAUGGAAAAGCCAUCUCCGGCGCUGCAACUCCUCAAUACAUUAUCGAUUCGGGAACCACGCUUAAUUACCUUCCUACCGCGAUGGCUAAUGCUAUUAAUAAGGCUUUCGUGCCGGCUGCCGUGUACAGUAGCGAUCAGGGCUCGUAUGUCGUGUCUUGUACUGCUGUUCCACCUGUUUUCAGUAUCAAGAUUGGUGGUACAGUUUUCUAUACUAAUCCUCUCGAUAUGAUUCUCUACACCGGUACUGUUGAUGGAAAAGAUGUUUGCAUUAGCGGUAUCAAUGAUGGUGGAAGUGAUACCGCCGAUGAUUUGUACAUUUUGGGCGACACCUUCCAGAAGAACGUCGUUACCGUUUUCGAUAUUGGGGCUGGCAUGUUGCAAUUCGCUGCUAGGGAAAACUAUACCAGUAAUGAUAUUUACUAG